GUAAAAUCAAUUAUUAUAAUUUGAUUUUUCACUGUCUAAUAGCCGAUCAAUUGUGUUUGGGCAAAUUAAUUCAGUCGCUCUUAGUUUAUCGUUUUCAAGUCUAAUUAAUGCGUUAAUUAAUCAAUUAUUACAUUAACAUGAACUUUGAUUUUCUCGUUUCUCAUCUUCCAACGGCUAUUUUCUAAUACUUUUCUCCAUAUUUCUACUUUCAAUUCAAAUCAUCUCUUUUUCCCUCUGUGCGCAUUCAUCAACCGUUUCACCGGCAAAAACUUUCCGCCGAUGCAAGACUUCAUGGGUUCCAUCCGCCGCCGAUCGGUGGUGCCCAAAACCUUUCGGGAAGAACCCGCCGGACUCGGAGCAAUCGCUGAGAAAAUCGGGUCGAGCAUAAGGCGGUCUCGAAUUGGGCUGUUCGCGAAGGCCCCAGUUCACGCGCCGCCUUCAACUGCGACCCCACGGAGGAACGCCGUAGAGGAAGCGCCGAGGGCGGAGGAAGAUCCGCUGCCGCCGAUGGAGGAGGCCGCUGUCGAGCAUGAGACGCGCGUUGCCGCAGAUGGAGCCGAUUUUGCUGGUGAAGAUUCGAGGGGGAAGGGGGUUUUAGCGCCGCCUGCGAUACGGUGGCGGAAAGGGGACUUGAUCGGAUGCGGCGCGUUCGGGAGGGUUUACAUGGGGAUGAAUCUUGAUUCUGGCGAACUUCUGGCUGUCAAAGAGGUUGCAGUUGCUACAAACAGUACUUCCAAGAAAACACAAGACUACAUUGAUGAGCUUGAAAAAGAAGUGAAUCUGUUGAAGAAUCUAUCACAUCCAAACAUUGUGAGAUACUUAGGAACUGUGAGGGAGGAAGAUUCUUUGAAUAUAUUGCUGGAAUUUGUCCCAGGUGGAUCCAUCUCAUCUCUCUUGGGAAAAUUUGGUUCUUUCCCAGAAUCUGUCAUUCGAAUGUAUACUAAACAACUGUUGAUAGGAUUAGAAUACCUGCACGCGAACAAAAUUAUGCACAGGGAUAUCAAGGGAGCGAAUAUCCUCGUCGAUAAUAAGGCAUGCAUUAAACUUGCCGAUUUUGGAGCAUCCAAGAGAGUUGAAGCAUUGAUAACUGUAACUGGUGCCAAAUCAAUGAAGGGUACUCCAUAUUGGAUGGCUCCUGAAGUUAUUGUUCAGAGUGGUCAUAGCUUCUCUGCGGAUAUAUGGAGUGUUGGAUGCACGGUUAUAGAAAUGGCUACCGGAAAGGCUCCUUGGAGUCAACAAUAUCAGGAGGUUUCUGCUCUCUUAUACAUUGGGACAACUAAAUCUCAUCCACCAAUUCCAGAGCAUCUCUCCUCUGAAGCAAAGGACUUUUUGUUAAAGUGUUUGCAAAAGGAGCCAAACAUGAGAUCUACUGCAUCAGAGUUGUUAAAGCAUCCAUUUGUUACUGGAGAGUGCCAGGAUUCAAAUAUCAAUCGUCGACGUUCAAUUGUGAGGGAUGGUUCAGGAAAACGGACGGCUGAGUAUGCAGUCGAUCUUAAGGAAUCAAUGAAAAUUGAGGCCAAAAGGUCCUGCAUUGGUCUCAAGGAUGUUCAUCCCGAGCAAUUCUCAGGAAGAAGCUCCAUCUGGAAACCGAUGGAUUCUGAUGAUGACAUGUGUCGUUUAGAUGACGAUGAUGAUCUGGCAUUUGGAGAUGCUUCUGAGAAAAUCUCGCCAAAUAUGGUUGUUAGCGACUGUUACGAGCCAAACAAUGAUUGGCCGUGCAAGUUUGAUGGACAUUCAGAGAUGGAUAAAAGUGAAAUGGGAUCUUUUCUUAAUCAGUCAAUGGAUUUAGGGCAGCUGGGAGCAGAAGACAAUGAUGAGGUGACUGAAUCAAAGAUUAGAGCUUUUCUUGAUGAAAAGGCAUUUGAACUGAAGAAGCUGCAAACACCACUGUAUCAAUUUUACAACUCGUCGAAUGUUGCUAGUCCUUCGAGCUCAGGCAAUGGAGACAAGGAAAAUGUUCCGGAUAACUGCAACUUACCUCCUAAUAGAAGAUUAUCGAUUCUAGUUGGCGCUGACCUCAGCAUGAGUCCUCGGAGGUGUUCUAGACGUGUAUCUAUUACGGGCACCGUGAACUUAGAAGCUUCUCAGGACAUGAAAGAGCUUCUUCUAGAUUCUCGGCAAGAAUCGGGCACUGCUAGGUUCAGCGAGAUACAGAGGAAAUGGAAAGAAGAACUCGAUGAGGAGCUCGAGAGAACCCGAGGCAAGCGUUUUGCAUUUCAUGAUAAAAUUAUCGAAUUUUGCAGUGGUGAGAUGCGGACUACGGUUGAUGUGUUGUGGAUAUCCGACCCGAGCUUCGUGUGCUGUGAUUUCAACGGCGGAAGGUGA